AGUUUAUACUACCGGUCCGUGCCCUUCAAGUGACACUACCUUGUGGGCAACCGCAGUGGACGGAGCUGCUUGUUUCGUGUUGCGAUCAAGAGGACGACAUGAGCAAAAUCGGAAUCAACGGAUUCGGCCGUAUCGGCCGUCUCGUGCUGAGGGCUUCCCUGGAGCGAGGUGGUCAGGUCGUCGCUAUCAAUGACCCCUUCAUCGGUCUCGACUACAUGGUCUACAUGUUCAAGUACGACUCGACCCACGGUAGGUUCAAGGGAGAAGUCAAGGCGGAAGAUGGCUGCCUCGUCGUGAACGGCAACAAGAUCACCGUCUUCAGCGAGCGUGAGCCGAAGGCAAUCCCGUGGGCGAAGGCCGGCGCCGAGUACAUCGUCGAGUCGACCGGCGUUUUCACCAACAUCGAAAGAGCCUCCGCUCACAUAGAAGGCGGUGCGAAGAAGGUCAUCAUCUCCGCUCCAUCGGCUGACGCGCCGAUGUUCGUCGUUGGUGUCAACCUGGACACUUAUGAUCCAAGCCACAAGGUAGUUUCCAAUGCCUCCUGCACCACCAACUGCUUAGCGCCUCUCGCCAAGGUGAUCCACGACAACUUCGAGAUCAUCGAGGGUCUCAUGACGACCGUGCAUGCGAUCACGGCUACCCAGAAGACCGUCGAUGGACCGUCCGGCAAGCUCUGGCGUGACGGCCGUGGCGCGGCGCAAAACAUUAUUCCCGCCGCAACCGGCGCUGCUAAGGCGGUCGGUAAGGUCAUCCCGGCUCUCAACGGAAAACUCACCGGCAUGGCUUUCCGCGUACCCGUGCACAACGUCUCCGUGGUCGAUCUGACGGUACGACUCGCCAAGCCCGCCACUUACGACGCUAUCAAGGCUAAAGUAAAGGAGGCGUCCGAGGGCCCUCUGAAGGGUAUCCUAGGCUACACCGACGACGACGUAGUCUCGUCCGAUUUCAUCGGCGAUAAUCACUCGAGCAUCUUCGACGCCAAGGCUGGCAUAUCCCUCAACGACAAUUUCGUGAAACUGAUCUCGUGGUACGACAACGAGUUCGGUUACUCCAGCCGAGUGAUCGACCUGAUCAAGUUCAUGCAGAGCAAAGACAACUAAACAAGAUCUCGAGAGGUCGCUUCUAUUUCAUCCAUGUUCUUCUAGCUCCGGCCUCGCCGCACGGCGAGGCAGUCGCAGCACGGCCAUAUCACUGUAAGAAACUGCUGUAAAAAACGCUCCGUUUAACCAACUUAUUAUUAACCUGUAGCAGAGACGUAACGCGGAGUAAAGCGAGGGUAAAGCAGCGUACAUUCUUCCCGCGCAGUCGAUAGAGUCGUAGACAAAGCGAUGUAUUUUUGCCGCCAAUUGGAGUAACGAACGAGCAAACUCUACUGUUGAUCGUAUUUGAGAAUCCACGUGUAUCCAAUUUCUCGUAAAGAUUAAUUCCGAUGAAUUGCAACUUUGAUCAUGAACGUAUAACGCAAAUGUAUAACUUUGUGUAGCAAAGUUGAAAAAGUUGCGCAAAGUCAAAUUGAAGUAAAACUAGAAAGAAAUGUAUAACGAGAUCGUAUUUAAUUAAAUUCCGUUUUACUAAAUUUAUUACACGCGAUUUCCUAUUCAACAAGAACAAGAACAAACCUAAUUUCAAAUAUUUUAUCGCGAAUACAGGAUCCGCUGCACUUGGUUUGUCCUAUCCUAGGAUAGGAGCGUAUACUCACCCCUCAUCGUUCUCAUUCAUCCAUUCGAGGAAUGGAUCGGUCACAAGUUACUUGUAAUUUUCUUCUGUAUGCUUAACAUUAUUUUUUUCAGUCAUCCAGUGACAUCAAUAAAACUUGUUAUGAAACU